CCAUCAUAGCUAGUUUUUUAUUUUCAUCCGACCGACUGGCGGACGGGGGAACGUCAGUCUGUGUGAUCACAGAAUCACGUGACUGAGAUUUGGUUGUAGCCGCUUACCAGUGAGGCAGUGGAGAAGAGUGAUUUCCCGUGUACCCGACUAUCUAAAGGUAACCUACUCACAGUCGUCGAAUACUGGAGCACACAAGCGUAGCUGCUGUGGAUGCUAGCGAACUUCAAUUGUUUCACUCGCCAAGAGGAUAGCCUGCGCUCAUGCGGUCCCUUUUCUUUUGAAUAGGACCCUCAACAAUGAAGACGAACUGCCCACGAGUUUUUCUGCCCGGACUGAACUGACACAAUAGGCUACAGCACUCAAUUAAGCGCGGCACCGCUGGUUUUUAAGUGGAAGUUUCACGUUUCGAAACGACUUGGAGAAGAAUCUGUCGCUACGGAAAAUCCGUUUUUGAGCAGAGCUAAAUCUUACGGUUUGCGCUGCCCCUGACGUUUAGCUUACUUGCAACAGACACUAUUGCAGCUGUUUUUGAGUUAUAAUGUUAGAAUUUUACCAACGUUUGUUUGGGUGAGGUCUUGCCGUGGGAAAAGGACUUUUCGCUUCGCCGAGUGGAGGACAGUGUUUACCGAUUUGCACCGUCGAAGCUUGAGUCACUCCGGCACGCGCUGUGGAACCUGAUCCGGUAGCCUAGUCCGCAUCAGGAAGAGCGGGCGUUUUUCUUUGCCUUCUUCAUGUGCCCAGUCAAACCGGUGCAUUCUUGAACAGGCAACUUACCAGUUGGGAAAGAAGCCGUGUAUUUGGGGCUUGGCAUUCUGCAAGACCUACGUGUGUUCCCGAACAGACAUCUCCAGUGCUACGUUGUUUAACUUCCUAGAAGCCCUCCUUUGGACGUGCCGCACGUAUUUACACCAAAUAUUUUAGCUUUCGUAGCUCUGUGUACCUGGUAUAGCCUAUUUUAUUGGUCUGGGUGAGUAAAUUCGGACUAAUAGAUAUACCGUUGCCGUAUUGCAUUGUGGAAUUAACUAGAGGAAAGUGUUAAGAGGAAUAAAGGAUCUCCAAAUUGGAUACCUGGAACUUUUCUCCUUCUUCUAAUAAGGGCGAACCUUAACGAUUUCGGAUGCGCUGCAUUCGGCCAACCAUAACAGUCCUUCAGUUCGACCAUGAUAACAUUCGGCGUUGGUAAUGGAAUUGACCAGCUUUAUUGAAGUUCAGCAUCAUUUCGCUAAAGUUGUCUAAACGCACCAUUUGUUCCCAGUGAAAGCUAAUGCUCUCAAGACUGCAGAGAAACCGCCAUUCCAUUCAUUCGGUCGAAAGGCUGCCGAAGUGACCACCACUCCUCUCAUCUAUUACUGGAUAUAUUUGGAUAACUACGAUGUCAAUAGCACGAUCUUGCAGAGGAACUCUGCUGCUUUGGCUCAUGUUCAUUUCUGACGUUGCGGGUAAAGUGUCCCCCACCAGCUCAGAGGCCCUCCCCAGUGUGCCCUCUGCCAGUGCCACCCUCAAUCCCCCAGAGGUGUACCUCCCUGCCAACUUCAAGCUCUCCAAUGCCCAGCUGGCCUUCUUCCUGCAGGAGGCCGGCUCCUCAUCCUCGGGCAGGCAGGGCGGCCACCCACUGCAGAGGUCCGAGAGUUUCGUGGUCUUCCAGACCAAGGAGCUGCCGGCAGUCAACAUCAGCCUGGGGCCGUUCGCACACGACCAGGUGCUGUCUAAAGAGCUGCUGCAGCCUUCCAGCUCACUGGACAUCCCUGGCAAGCUGACGGUCAACUGGAAAGUGCGGGCAUUCAUCGUCCAGUCCCGAGUGUAUGCCAGCAACCCUGUGGUCCAGGUGCUCUUCUACAUCGCGGGGCGAGACUGGGAUGACUUCAAGGUGCAGGACAGUCUGCCCUGUGUGCGGCUUCAUGCCUUCAGGGAUGUCCGAGAGAUCAAGACAUCCUGCCGGCUGCAAGGGAACCUGGCCCAGUGCUUGGCGCAGCUCGAGCUUCCCGUCACUUGGUUUAACGCCAACGUCGCUCCCAUGGGGCGUCGGAAAGGGUCGACUGCGGACAGCCUGGAGCUAAGUGGCGAGUCCUUCCAGGUGGAGCUCUACUACACCUUACACGAUUCGGACGGCACUGGGGAGUGUAGCGAGAGCUUCCCACGCCGGGGAGGAGGAGGCGGUGGCGGCGGCGGCAGAGGGGAGGCCUCGUCCCAGCAGCCCCUCCUCCGCAUCGGAAGCAUCAGCCUGUACCAGCCCAGCCAGGAAGUGCUGGUGGUGGACAAGCAGCUGGACAGGAACAUCUUCCUUCGUCUGCCAGAGAAGCCCCUCAAGCCAGGCGAGACCCUGACCAUCAGCCUCUUCCUGGUCCCCAACUCCACCGUCGAGCAGUUUUCUCUCAAGGUCAAGGCAAAGAAGGGGGUGAACCUUCUGAGCACGGAGCCCAAGAGCCCUCUGUGGAGGGUGGACUGGGAGCGGCAAUCUGGAGCCAAGCACUCCAUCGCCACGGUGACUGUCAGCAAAAACAAAGAUGAACAGCCUGGGGAGAUUAUGGGUAACACUGAAAUCAUGCAGCUGGAUUUCGAGAUGGAAAACUUCACUAGCCAGUCCGUGACCAGAAGGAUCAACUGGAACAUCGACUAUCAGGGCCAGAAUCCGCCGCCUGACUCCGAGAAGGUGGUGACUGAGCUCACAGUCGUGCAGAGGGAUAUCCAAGCCAUAAUCCCUCUCUCUAUGGACACUGAGAUCAUCAACACAGCUGUUCUGACCGGGCGAACUGUGGCUAUUCCCGUGAAGGUGGUUUCCAUAGAAAUGAGCGGGACUGUCACGGAUGUGUCGAACGCUGUCCAGUGCAAGUCCUCUAAUGAAGAUAUAGUCAAGGUCUCCAUGAGCUGCGACUACGUGUACGUAAACGGAAAGGAGACGCGCGGCUCCAUGAACGCCCGGGUGAUGUUCACCUACGAGCACCUGAGCGCCCCGCUGGAGCUGACCGUCUGGGUGCCCAAGCUGCCCUUGAGCGUGCAGCUGUCUGACAGCCAGCUGAGCUUCAUCAAGGGCUGGAGAGUCCCCAUUCUACCAGACAGAAGAACCGCCCGAGACAGCGAUGAUGACGACGACGACGACCGCAAGGUGAGCCGCGGCUGCGCCCUGCAGUACCAGCGCGCCCAGGUGAAGGUGCUGACCCAGUUCCACACCACCUCCACCGAGGGCACCAACCAGGUCAUCACCAUGCUGGGCCCCGACUGGCAGGUGGACGUCACCGACCUGGUGCAGGACUCACUCAAAGUGGCGGACGCACGGGUGGCGGAGCUGGUGGACCGCACGGUGCUGGUGGGCCUGGAGCUCGGCUCCUCCACGCUGAAGGUGGAAUCCCCUCUUACUGUGGAGGCAGUGCUGGGAGAGGCUGCUUUCUCUGUCACAGACGAGAAGGUCUCUAUCCUGGAGCUGCGAGCUCAUGCCAUCUCUGGAUUAACACUGUCACUGCAGCCGAGUCCUGGCAACAGCCAUACAAUGGUCGCUAAGGCAACUGGUCUGCAGACUCUCACCACCCCCAAGCAGGAAGCCAGCUUGUCUGUGUGGAUGUACUACAGCGACAACACAGCAACCCCCCUGAGUCUCUACGAUCCCAAAGACUACAACCUGAACGCCUCCACCUUUGACGACAAGGUGGCCAGCGUGACUCAGCAGUUUCAGCGGUGGCCUGUCAUCACGGCCGAGGGAGAGGGGUCCGGAGACGUCGUGCGCGUGGAGAUGACCAUAUGUGAGGCUUGCCAGAAAACCAAACGCAAGAGCAUCAUUAGCUCUUCGUCGGUGUACGUCAAGGUUCGCUUCGGGCCGGAGGAAGACUCGGAGGAGGAGGUCGAGAGUGAGACUGAGACCAGGGAGUCCUUGAAUACGAGGCGACCAGUUAUCGACCCCAACGUUGGAGGUGCAGGCUAUGUGCCAUCCAAUGAGCAGCCUGCCAGCGUUCCCAUUGAUUACACCAACUUCCCAACCACCAGUAACCAGGAACCUCCAACGGAGGAGGAUGAGGAAGAGGAUGACGAUGAUGAUUAUCCUCCCUUGCCUCGCAGCAUGACCGAUCUGGAAAUUGGCAUGUAUGCCCUUCUCGGCGUCUUCUGUCUGGCCAUCCUGGUGUUUCUCAUCAACUGCAUUGUCUUCGUCCUCAAGUACCGGCACAAGCGUAUCCCUCCGGAGGGCCAGGCCAACAUGGACCACUCGCAUCACUGGGUGUUCCUGGGCAACGGGCAGCCCCUCCGCGCCCAGAGCGACCUGUCCCCCCAGCAGGUGGAGAGUCCAAGCAACCCGCUGGAGGGUGUGCAGACCUGCUGCCACGGGGACCACCACAGCAGCGGUAGCUCCCAGACCAGUGUGCAGAGCCAGGUCCACGGCCGGGGCGACGGAAGCUCCGGAGGCUCCACCAAGGAGCACGCCGAGAAUGACAGCUCCCCCACAUCCAAACGCAAGCGGGUCAAGUUCACCACCUUCACCACACUGCCCACCGAAGACAUGCCCUACAACUCCAUCCCCAUCGCCGACGAGGAGGACAUUCAGUGGGUCUGCCAAGACAUGGGCUUUCAAGACCCCGAAGAGCUGCGUGACUACAUGCGCAGGAUAAAGGACAUAGCUUAGUGUGUUGAUGCCCUGUAGGGCUUUCUAGAGCUUUCUAAAGACUUUCCUUUAUAUUUUUUGCUUUUCUUCACUUUAAUGGAGGUAUUUUUUCAAACUUACAAAGGCCAACUACAAUGGUUUUUUUUUUUUUGUUGGGUUUUUCUUUGCACAGUGCUGUUACCCGUACACAUUCACACUUUAACUGGCAAAAGAAACAACAACAACAACAACAACAAAUGGAUCAAUGGAAAGCCAAAGACAGGACUAGAGGUUCUCAAUCACUAGCAAAAUGGCUUCGUGUGUCAGAUCUCUCCCCAGGGAUAGCGGAGGAAAGUCUCAAAGGGAAACAAAUGUUCCUGAGAUGAGCUCGUUCAGCAGAAUGGAACUUCUAAGUGCUCCGCCACUCCCAGCUCGGUUGAGCGCUCACUAACACGAGGACAUGAUCAAUAUAAGUGGAAUGCAUUAAGUCUUGGCUCAGUUUUCGUAAGUUUGUCAAAAACCCAACUAUUUUCUCCAACUAAGAGGCCUUUGAUGUGCAGAAGAGAGGGGCUUGAGGUGGACUGAUUUGCGUCAUCUCAACUGACUCUAAAGUAGAGUUGUUGUCAUAGAUAUGUAAUGGAUCUUAUUUUUAUUUGAUUUUAUUUGUUUUUUCCAGUGUGGGAAAUAACUGGAUUUAUAACUCUUCUUAUUAAUUCUUGUUACAACACAUGCUUUGUUUGAAAUUAGUUUCUUAUGUUUGCUUUAUUUCAUGAAUAUCAUAGCUGGUUUAUUCACCCUCUUAGUUCAGUCAGAUGCCUUAUUAAACAGAUUUCGCCAGUCACUAACAACUUAAGUGACACACUGUUUUUUUCCACAUUGGUCACAGCCAAUGCUGGAAGCAAUUACCAAUUACCAAUUCAAACAAAAUGCCAUGAGUUGCAACAUUUGGGGAAAGAUAAGAGCUUGUACAUUGUGACAUUAAAUAAUUCUCUCCGACAUUCUUUGCAUGAAAGGAGGCACAAUCAGCAAUUUUUUCCAAAUUUGUAAAUGUUUGUAUUGUAGUAAUUAUCUAACCAUACAUAAACAAUAUUAAAGGACAUUCUGUAUGUUAUCAUGCAUUACAUGCAUGCAGUGCCGGGUCUGCCCUCCAGCCUUCCCCAUGUGUAGAUACCAUGGCCAGCUGAAGAACCUACGCUGGAGCGGAACAUUCAGUGAUGCGGGGAGCCCCGACAGCAUGGGACCGCAGCUGGGGAGCAGCGAGGAUGUUCUGUCUCAACGCUUUAAUAUUUGGUAUUUUUACAGUUUUAUUUUUGCCACUCCCACUAAUUGUACAGUUUAAAACCCAGUUUUAAAGAGCAAAAAAAAGUGACUACUUAGCGAAAGUGAACAUCAAAGGGUCCGUGAUCUAAACCUCCGUUUACUUAGCCCUCACUGAUAAGGGAUCAUGCCACUCCCCGUUGGCGCUCGCCAAAUCACGCAUUGGUUUUGUGUUGCGUUAUACACUCAUCCCAUUACCUCUGUCUGGCAAAUGUUCAAUGCAGUGUUAUGUGACAGGCACGUAGAUCCAGUAAUGUUUUAGUGCACUGCUGUUGUUAGCCCCAUUUUUCACACUAGUAAAUGCCAGUGUGAUUGGCUGGUGGCAGUGGCACGUUAACGCGUUAACUUACAAGUAGUCUCCGAGGACUCUAGCAGGACUAAGUUAGUUGUAGAUCUUUCUAAACUUGUAGAACUAGGAGCUCACACUAAGAUUGGUCCACUGAAGGACGCGAUGACAUUUACUGGUGUAGAAAUGUUGAAGGUCACAAUCUGAAAGCAUUGAGUUAGUUAUGUAGUGGCCAUGGAGGAAAUGCAGUUCCUUUCCUGAGCCCCAGACUUCUGUUAAUGGGUGUCCAUACUAAUGAGGGUUGUUUUCCAUUUUAACAGUAAGAGUAAUAUUUUGUCACACUUAAUUUGUUUUGCAAAGUCACACGUAGAGUGUUUCUCCUUCAUCACAUAUAUAAUCAGGAAGAGGUUCUGCCAUUGCCUUGAUGCACUGUCCUGAACCUCAAGCACGAUUAAAGUACCUCUUGCACCUCAACCCUGUUGACAUUUUGUCCCUUGGCACUCCUAACACCCAAUACUGAGUCCUAUGCCUUAUUUAAUUUCCAACACCUCUCCUGUGUGUGUCCAAGGGCUUGUCUGCAUAGUGGCCCAGCUGUGGCCAUGUGAACGUUUUUAUCAUCAGCUUAUGUCGAGGUGUUUUCGUGAUUGGAUUCGCGACAAAAGGCAAGCCCUUUGUAAUUUUUAGUUUGGAUAUGACAAAGUAAAUUAAGAGUUGCUAAAUAAAAAAAAAAGACAUUUAUUUUAGACCCAAAGUUCUCACAUUUUCAGUGCUGGUGUCUCAGGAUGAAUGUAUAACUCUCAACUGUACUUUGACCAUCAGAUGAAUAUUUUGAUCAUGUGUGUUUCUGUGGUAAGUUUCUACUAGCAGCUCUUCACCCUCCCCCACCCCCUUGAUUUCCCCCAGAAAAUAUACUGUAACACAUAAUGUUACCACAAUUUUUACAUUUAUGAUUGUUUUAUAUUUUUCCUCCAUGUAUAUAUGUAUAUGCAAAACCAUUUUGUAAUGUGUGACUUUGGUGAAAAUGUGCAUCACAUGCAUUUAAUAUUUUAUUUUUGUUUUAGUUAUUCCGAGCUGCUACUAGGGACUUGACCUGGCCAGAUUCUAUGGUUGAAUUCUUUGAGCUGUACCCUUCGGGGCCUGCGUCUGCGCGGUAGAAGCAGCUUCCUGCUGUCACAUUGGUCAUGUACAGAGCACUGUUAAACUUAUUGUAUUCUCCUCAAAAAAUCAACCCUUGUAUUUCCCCUUCUAUGUAAUUACUAAAGAAAAAUACAAUGCAUAAA